AUGACAUCGAGGAGGGUGUUAAGUAGCUGUGGUACUUUUUAACAAUUCUCUUUUUUAUUAUAUGAAUUGGAUGAAGAGAGUUAUCUAUAAAUAUAUGUAUAUUACUAGUACUACUAACACUUCUCUUCUAUUCUCUUUUCUUAAACUUGACUAAUUAAGAAAUGGGCUUCUUGAGCUUCAUCUUCCUCAUUACAGUUCCUCUUAUUCUCUUUUCCAUUCAACCCCAUUUCAUCAUUUGCAGAGCUACUGAGCCUGAAAUUGAUAAUGAGAGCCCAUUUUCUUACAAUGAAGGAAGUGGUAAAGGACCAAAGAAGUGGGGUCACAUUGACCCACAUUGGAAAAUUUGUAACAAUGGAAAAUUACAGUCUCCCAUUGAUCUUCUUCAUCAAAGGGUUCAAGUUUUUCCCAAUUUAGGGAAAUUGAAAAGAGAUUACAAACCAGCUCCUGCCACUGUCAUGAAUAGGGGACAUGAUAUUACAGUAAAAUGGAAAGGCAAUGCUGGAAAAAUUAACAUUAAUGGGACUCAUUAUGAAUUAUUACAAUGUCAUUGGCACUCACCUUCUGAACACACAUUCAAUGGAUCAAGGUUUGAUCUUGAGCUUCACAUUAUUCACUUAAGUUCUAGUGGAGAGAUAGCUGUUGUUGCAAUUACUUAUGAGUAUGGCCGACCAGACCCUUUUCUUACAAAGUUGUUUGAGCACAUUAAAUCAGUGGAUCAUGAAGAGAAGGAUUUGGGGAUUAUUAACCCAGGAAUCAUUAAAUUUGGAAGCAGAAAGUACUAUAGAUACAUUGGUUCACUUACAGUUCCUCCAUGCACAGAAGGUGUCAUUUGGACUAUAGUUAAAAAGGUUAGAACAGUUUCAAGGGAGCAAGUUCAUGCACUAAGGAAAGUUGUCCAUGAUGGAUUUGAAGUAAAUGCAAGGCCAACUCAGCAAUUGGAUGGAAGAUCAGUGUGGAUGUAUACUCCAAGAGAAGGCAAUUGAGUGUUCUACUUGAGUACAUUUUCCCACAUAUAUAAAUAAAUAUAUUUAUAUUAUUAUUUUGAGUAUAUAUAUUAUCAAUAAAUAUAUUUGAUACUAUUAUCCAUAACAAAAUCGAG